GCGUGCAGGAGGCAGCUGAUGGGUGUUUCUCUCAUUGAUGUUUCUAACUGUCCCUCUCCCUUCCUCUCUGUAAAGAAUCAGUGAAAUAUAUUUAAAAAAUAAAUAUAAUAAAUUUAGGGAUAGGGAUGAAUAGUAAAGGACAGACACAUGGUUGGCUUUAUAGGGAAUGACUUUAAGAAGAAAUGGGCCUGCAAUUGGUGACUCAUGAUAAGUAAACAAGAAGCCGGGCAGCGUGGCUCAGUAGUUGAUUCUGGUCAGGGCACAUGCCCAGGUUGCGGGCUCCACGCCUGGUGGGGGGCGUGCAGGAGGCAGCCGAUCAAUGAUUGUCAGAUGUUUCUAUCUCUUUAUGAAGUCAAUAAAAAUGCAUUAAAAAUUAUAUUCCAUUCACCUUUUGUAGAGAGCCACACCAUGAAGAAUUCUGCAGCUCUUUGUCUAAGCCCCUUGGCAUCUAGUGUGUGCAUAUCUUACGUGGCUAACUGAAUUAAAGAUAAAAACUACCUCAUUAGAGACCCAUAGACCACCAUCAUUGCCAUCAACGUUACUACUCAGCCGCUAAGCGGCAUUUAAUGGUUGGCUUCCCGCAAUGAGACACAAUUCAUGUUCGUGGUGACGCAAGCCAAUCGAAAAGCAGCUUUCCGCCAGCUGGCCCCUCCAUCUGCCCUGAGCGGUGAGGGGCGGGGCCGGCGUGAAAGCGUCAAGUACUCCAUGGCAACGACGCUCAGUCCAAAGAUGGCGCCCGAAUGGGGUAGAGGAGGGUCCUCGGGUUCAGGUCCGGGCCCAAGUCGGUGGCUUUGGAGCGGUUCUUUAUGGGUCCGAGGCAUUUUGCUCCUGUUGGGCGGGCUCCGGACAAGUGCUACGUCUAUUCCUGUGUCCUUGAGCAGUGCCCUUCCCUGCCGGCACCACGUCCCCUCUGACACUGAGGUCAUAAAUAAGGUCCAUCUUAAAGCAAAUCAUGUUGUAAAGAGAGAUGUUGAUGAACAUUUAAGAAUCAAGACUGUCUAUGAUAAAAGUAUUGAAGAGUUGCUCCAUGAAAAAAGAUCCCUUGUUAAGAACAAACUUUUUCCACAAGCUAUUUCUUAUUUAGAGAAGACUUUUCAGGUUCGUAGACCUGCGGGCACUAUCUUACUUAGCAGACAAUGUGCAACAAACCAAUACCUACGGAAGGAAAAUGAUCCCCACAGAUACUGUACUGGAGAAUGUGCAGAACAUACAAAAUGUGGCCCCAUUAUAGUGCCUGAAGAGCACCUCCAGCAAUGCAGGGUCUGCCGUGGGGGUAAGUGGCCCUGUGGAGCGGUGGGUGUGCCAGACCAAGAGGGGGUCCGAGAUGCUGACUUUGUUCUUUAUGUUGGUGCUCUGGCCACCGAGAGGUGCAGCCAUGAAAACAUCAUUUCUUAUGCAGCCUAUUGUCAGCAGGAAGCAAAAAUGGACAGGCCAAUAGCAGGAUAUGCUAACCUGUGUCCAAAUAUGAUCUCUACCCAGCCUCAGGAGUUUAUUGGGAUGCUGUCUACAGUGAAACAUGAGAUUAUUCAUGCCCUGGGUUUCUCUGCUGGGCUGUUUGCAUUCUACCGUGAUAAAGAUGGAAAUCCUCUAACUUCAAGAUUUGCAGAUGGUCUCCCACUUUUUAAUUAUAGUCUUGGAUUAUAUCAAUGGAGUGAUAAAGUAGUUCAAAAAGUGGAGAGAUUAUGGGAUGUUCGAGAUAACAAGAUAGUUCCUCACACUGUGUAUCUCCUAGUAACACCUCGUGUUGUUGAUGAAGCAAGAAAACAUUUUAACUGUCCAAUUCUGGAGGGAAUGGAACUUGAAAAUCAAGGUGGUAUGGGCACCGAACUCAACCAUUGGGAAAAGCGGUUAUUAGAGAAUGAAGCAAUGACUGGUUCUCACACCCAGAACCGAGUCCUCUCUCGAAUCACUCUGGCAUUAAUGGAGGACACUGGCUGGUAUAAAGCUAAUUAUAGCAUGGCUGAGAAGUUAGACUGGGGUCGAGGAAUGGGCUGUGACUUUGUCAGGAAGAGCUGUAAAUUCUGGAUUGAUCAGCAGAAAAAAAAGCGGCAGAUGCUGAGCCCUUACUGUGACACUCUCAGAAGUAAUCCCUUGCAGUUAACUUGCAGACAGGACCAGAGAGCAGUUGCAGUGUGUAAUUUGCAGAAGUUUCCAAAACCUUUGCCUCAAGAAUACCAGUACUUUGAUGAACUCAGUGGAAUACCUGCAGAAGAUUUGCCUCAUUAUGGUGGUUCAGUAGAAAUUGCUGACUACUGCCCUUUCAGUCAGGAAUUCAUUUGGCAUGUAAGUGGUGAAUAUCAGCGCAGCUCAGAUUGUAGAAUAUUGGAAAAUCAACCAGACCUUUUUAAAAACUAUGGUGCUGAAAAGUAUGGACCUCAUUCAGUUUGUCUAAUUCAGAAAUCAGCAUUCGUCAUGGAAAAUUGUGAAAGGAAGCAGAGUUACCCAGACUGGGGGAGUGGAUGUUAUCAGGUUUCUUGUUCUCCACAAGGUCUAAAGGUUUGGGUCCAGAAUACUUCAUAUUUGUGUAGUCGAGCCGGGCAGGUCCUCUUCGUUAGUAUUCAUAUGAACGGCUGGAUUCACGAUGGAAACCUGCUCUGCCCAUCAUGUUGGGACUUCUGUGAACUCUGUCCUCCAGAAACAGAUCCUCCAGCUGCUAACCUGACCCGAGCGCUACCCCUGGAUCUCUGUUCCCGUUCCUCUAGCCUUGUGGUCACCCUCUGGCUUCUGCUAGGCAAUCUGUUUCCUCUGCUGGCUGGAUGUCUUCUGUGUGUAUGGCACUAGGAAUGGAAAUGUGAAUUCUCAAGGCGUUCUUUUGUGUCAUGUUCCUCUGAACAAAGCACAAAAUCUGAGUAUCAGCCUGUGCUGAUGGCAGAAGUGGCAUUCCUGACUUUGGCUUGAAAGUGUUGACCACAGUCAGACCUUGAAGCAGAGCUUCACAGCAACCCAACAGCCUCGGCUUGGAGAAGGGGAAGGAAUUCCAAGUCAUCAAGACUCUAUUUUUCAGGAUGCAUAACCGUCCUCAAGUUUUCCUUUGAAAAUGGGAUAUUGGUGAAAUUUUCAGAUUACAUACCUCAGCAUUCUCAUUAACCUAAAAUGAUGGGGAAGUUCAUCAAUACUGCAAUAAUAAAGAACUGCUAAUUACUGCAGAUUAUAAGUUGUGGAUCCUGUACCCACAAGUAUAAAUUAUCCUUUGACUUACAGAAAAUAAUUGAGUUGAGGUUUGUACAUCAUUGUUACUCCUAUUUUGAAUUUAAUGACUGUACAUGGUACAAUUAAAUCAUUGUUCUUGUUGUUCUAAAAAGUCUUUUAUAAAAUUAUGUUUUGCUAAAUGUUAUGAUUUAACCAUGCUUGCCUUUUCAAACUAGCUGUGUGAUAGUUUACUAUGGAAUCAUGGUGUGUUGGUAGCCCUCUUCCAGCUGCAUCUGUUACUCACAGAUCUCCGUAGCUCAGUGUCCUGUUGUAUCCUCCAUUCAUUUAAUAAUGACCUGAAAAAUGAUAGAAGCAGAGAGAGAAAAGUAAUGUGCUCUGUAAAAACAUUGAAGACAAGCAAACAGAAGAAAAUAUAAAUGUAUGUGUUUCAGAUAAUAGAUAUGACAACUAUAAUCCAACCGAAAAAUAGAACUAUUCCUUUUUUAACAAUGAAGAUAAAAAGAAAUUCUGGGAUAGACAGGUAUGCAAUUGUCUUCACGUGGGCUUACGAAUUGUUUCAGAAGAACUUCUGAAAAUUAUUUUAUAUACAAGAAGAAAAUAUAAGUCAAAGCAAGAUAAUCUGAAUUGUUUACUAAUAGCAAAGUGUAGGGUUGGUGUACGGCCCAGCCAAUAGGGUCCACUUUACUGCACAACAUAUGGCUCAAUCCUCAGAAGUUAUAAGAUAGCCUUUACUUUGAAAGGAGGUGAUAUCCUUUACCUCCUGCUUUUGGCACUUCUGUUACCACGUAGAUUCCGGUCCACAGAAGCAAGUCUACUCUGGAGCUUAUCAACCCCACUUACUAAUUAAAUUCUUUAAUGAUAAAUGAUUCCCAAUUUUUCUCUCUAAAGCUAACAAAGUCCUGUGACAUUAUAAACACAGCCCUUGGACAAGCAUUCAUUCAUUCAUACAUACAUAACAUUCAAUCAUUGGUUAGCCCUUUAAUUCAGCAUAUAACUAUUGAGCACUCCGUGUAAGAAAUUGUGCUAAGUGAGCAAGCAGCAUAAUUACUAAGGAGUAAUUCCAGCUGAUUAGUUGGACCUGGGCCAAACAGCAACUCCAGCAAAGGAAAGUUGCCUUUUUUAAUGCAUAAAUUUUAAAUAUGUAUUUAAAUGUGCAGUUUUGAAUUGAAGGUAUUUGUCAUUGUGAAAGCUGGGUCUCUAGCAUAUCCACCUUCAGCUAAAGAGAAGCUAAUAGUAAAGGUGUCAGGUCAGUGCUCUGUUUCCUGCCUGUGUCAUGUAUAUCUUAAAUUGUGCAACAUCCGAGAAAAGUAUAGAGUAUAUUUUUAAAGAAAACUAUAAAAAUCUAAACUUACAUUCUGAUUGUGAUUAUGGAUCAUCCUGCAAAGUUGUAUAAAGAAUUUCACCAAAAAUACUAUGGACUAAGAAUAUAUUUGAGAUAUAUUUACCAUGAUAGGUUUGAUUAUGUUUUGACUGUUGUGCAGUGAUGCCAUUUAGAUAGUAUUGUUUCCGAGCAUGGUGCUUUUUAUACUUGAAAGAUAUUUUUGCUUUAUUUUUAUUGAUAUUAUAUUUGCACUAAUGACUUUCUGGAGAAAAUAUUAUAGAUGACAUUUUUUCUACAUAUAUUUAUUAAGAUUGGAAUCUAGUAGCCCAGUGUUUUCCCUGCACAAAUGUGAAACUUGAUAAAGUAUAAUGUCAACAAAUCUUGAGUUUCUGAGGGUAACUAAAUGUGCUGUUGUCUUCCUUCCUCUUCAAGACUUGAAAGUGGUUGCUUAUCACUGAUUCUGCAUAGUUUACUCAGUGAAGACUUAGAAGGCCAUUGAGUCUGUAAAAAAUUUUAAGAGGCACAUUUUAGUCACUCAGAUUAUGACAAUAUUCUAAAAAACGAAGACUUUUAAAAUCUGAGGUUUCAAUGCAGAAUUAGUGGGCUAGAAUUCAGCCUUGAACUGAAGAAUUUGAAAUGGCGUAAGUGUCAGUAUUCUGUGGCAGGUUAUACCCUUCAUAUUAGCAAAACCAGUUCCCUGAGAAAGGUGGAGCAGACUGCAGCCGUGGUGAAAGAGAGUGGGGUAGGGAAGGAGAGUGGGGAAGAGCUGAUUUGGGGGUGGCAGACAGGAGUCCUUUCUGACUUAGAAAGUGUCAAGUGCUUAUAAACUCCGACUACCUCAGUUUCCGUUCAGACUUAGGUUCAUUUUGAUAGGAUUAAGGUCCCAAUUGUAUCAAGUGAAUUUGUUUCUCAGGUUUUCAAGAACAGAAUUUACAGGAAGGAAGCAAAAGCCAUGUCAGUAGAUUUGAGCUGACAGCUUUAAAGAAACUGGCAAGCAGUUAGGAAGUCUUCAUGUAAACCCCUCUAAUAGUCUCCUGAAAAACAUCUUUUUCCCUUACCGAUUUCUUAAAGAUACCUAUUUUUGUUAAGAUCAAAUAGACAUUCUAAAAAUAUUAUAAACUGUGCUUAAAGUUAGUUUCAGCCUAAUAUGUUGGCUUAGAGUUUAUGAUUAUGUGAAGAUGAAACAUGAAUUAAUGAAGUUUAAAUAACUUUAGGAAGAAGUGUAAAUAAGUAUAUCAGAGUAUUCUUUAAAAUUUAAUAUCAGUAUUCUCUUCAGUGUUAGAAGACUCACUGUAAAAUGACUAGGUGCUUUCUCAGGAUCUUGCCAGCGCUGAUAGUCCAUGAUGAAUACUGAUCCAGAAUUGCUAGUUUCCUGCUGGGUCUGAGCCGCCUCAGAGCAUGCCAGCUUCCACAUCAUGUUCGCCACAGCGUCUUGUGCUUGAAGCCUUCGCACAGUCCAUGGCCUUGGACACUGAAUGGACAGAGAAGAGCCUGUCCCUGAGGGCGUUUGCACAGUCCUGGCAGGAGGAGGUGGGCUCGGUCACAGCCCCUCAGGCCCAUGUAUCAUGGACUCCAGUCAUCGUGCCGCAUCCUUGCAGCCCAGGAGGACUAACGUCGGUAAAGACUGUGCUACUCAUUCUGAAGAAAGACCUUACCUGAGGGGUGACUUUGUGGGUUUUUUUUAUACAUUUAGGCAGAGUUGGGGAAGGAGUGGUGAAUUUUUUUCUGUUAUGUUUAUAUUUUAAAUAAGUAAAAUAGAAGAUUUAAAAACUAAUCUUUAUUUAUGGUAUUGAACUUUAAGUGUAAUAUAUUCCUUAAAAAAACAACUUUAAUAAAAA